GCCGGGCGGUCCGGGCGGUCUCCUCAGCAGAGGAUCCGAGGAGAUCUAGUGUGGGAAGGGAGUGGGGAACCAGCUGUCGUGACAGCGCGUGUCGCUGCCGCGAGGAGUUGGCGACACAGGCCAGCGGCCCGCCGCCGGCCAACGCCGUGCCCCGCCCCCUCGGCACGCAGGCCCCGCGCGAGCACGCGCACGCGUGCGCGAAUCCGCCAGAGCCUGAGUCCGGCCAGCGGUGACGGGGACAGGGACGGGGCGGGCAGAGGCUGGGCUGCUGAGGUACGAGGGGAGGAGCCCGAGCCGCCGCCGCCGCCGCCACCGCCACUGCCACCUCCGCUGCCGUCGAGGGAGAGGAGCAUGUCUGCAACUCGAGCCAAGAAAGUGAAGAUGGCCACCAAAUCAUGCCCGGAGUGCGACCAACAGGUUCCUGUUGCGUGUAAAUCAUGUCCCUGUGGUUACAUAUUUAUUAGCAGAAAACUCUUAAAUGCAAAACACUCAGAGAAAUCACCACCUUCUACAGAAAACAAGCAUGAGGCCAAGAGGAGGCGAACAGAGAGAGUUAGGAGAGAGAAGAUAAAUUCUACAGUAAAUAAAGAUUUAGAAAACAGAAAGAGGUCUCGAAGUAACAGCCAUUCAGAUCAUAUCAGACGAGGAAGAGGAAGACCAAAAAGUGCAUCUGCCAAAAAACAUGAGGAAGAAAGAGAGAAACAGGAAAAAGAAAUUGACAUCUAUGCUAACCUCUCUGAUGAGAAGGCUUUCGUGUUUUCAGUCGCCUUGGCAGAAAUAAAUAGAAAAAUUAUCAAUCAAAGACUUAUUCUCUGAUACUUGUCUGCAAAAUCUGUUGACAUUUUCUUCAGGAUUACAUCAGCAAAUUCUCAAACAGUUAAGGACCCUCAGGAGCAUUCUGACUGCAUCUAUAAGGGCCAUUGAUUGUUUUUUUUCCCCCAUCAUUUAGCCUGUGCCACACUUUGGGAACAAAGUGUAGGCUUGGACUGUUCUGGGAUUUCCUUGUUUACCAAGGAGUAUUGUCAGUGUUUCGUGUUUGGAAUAUGAGUACGUGUAGUUAUAUAUAUAUUAAAAAAAAGCUGGAUAAAGAAGGGUGGGGUGGGUAUACAAGUAUGAGAACUAGGGAAGAAAAUGUUUGUUUUCAGGUUUGCCACCAGAGAUGCAAUAUUUUAAAUACUGUCAGAAAGAGUGACUUUAAGAAUAUAUAUUUCAGAUUUUCAGCACUAACAGAUGCCAUAUAUACAGUUCAUUUACUACAUUGGCAACUGAUAUUUUAUUGAAUGGGAAAUUAAGAAUAUAAACUGUAAAUUUUGUCUUAAAUUGAUUUUUUCUUGGCCUUUAUUUUUAUGACUUAUGGUAUGAGUUAUAUUUUAGGAUGUACUUUCUGGACAGUUUGGAAGUUUGGGUGCUAUAUGAAGAAAAACAUUUAGGAAUAUAUCAUACUUCAGAUAUAAACACCUGUUUUCUUGAAUGUAAUUUAUUUAUUGGUUAAAAAAACAACUUUUCUGCUCUCAAGAUGGUGCCUGUUAACCUAAACAUAAAAUAUAUUUAUUACAUGUGAAAUAUUUCUUAGAUAGCCACUUUUAAGCAGUAAUGUUUUAUCUGAAUGGAUGUUCAUUUAUACAUCCUGAUAAUUAUUUAAAUUGUUACUUAACCUCACUCUGAAAGAAAAAAAUAAACCUUAAUAUUGAAACUAAGUAGA